GGCGCGUCACUUCCAGUCUGCGGUAGUGAGUGAGAGCGUGCUUUUUCGCGCUGUUUCCUGUCAGAUAGCAUGACCGCCCUCCUGAGCAGCCUGAGUCCUCCAGCGGACGGGGUCCGCCGGCUUCAGCCCGGCACUGAGGCCGUAGUGAGCGGGGAGGGCCUGGGACCCGGCACCCUCUACAUUGCGGAGAGCCGUGUGGCCUGGCUCAACGGGUCCGGACUUGGCUUCUCGCUGGAGUAUCCGUCCAUCAGUCUUCACGCCAUCUCCAAGGACCCGGCCGCCUACCCGGAGGAGCAUCUCUACGUCAUGGUGAACGCCAAGCUCGGAGACGCAGACGUAAAGGAACGGCCUAUGGGUGAUGAAGAGGAGGAGGAGGAAGAAAGUGAUGACGAUGAAGAACCGAUCACAGAGAUUCGUUUUGUUCCGGCUGAGAAGUCUGAUUUAGGAGAGAUGUUCUCUGCGAUGUGCGACUGCCAGGCUCUCCAUCCCGACCCGGAGGACGAGGACUCGGACGAUGACUUUGAAGGGGAGGAAUAUGACGUUGAAGCACAUGAGCAGGGACAGUGUGAGAUCCCCUCCUUUUACACGUAUGAAGAAGGCUUGUCGCACUUGACCACCGAAGGUCAGGCUACGCUGGAGAGGCUGGAAAGCAUGUUGGCCAACUCUGUGGGCAGCCAGCACACCAUGGCCGGCGUCCGAACGGAUGGCUCUGCGCUGGAAGCAGAAGACGGGAUGGAUGUGGAGGCCGUUCCCGCGGAGGCCGGGCAGUUUGAGGAUGCCGACGUCGAUCACUAACGGGAGACUGCAGUCCGGCGUUGCACUCGAUCGGGAGUGGGCGGCCGUUGCUUUUCAGUUACCUUGCGUGACCUCCGGCUCGCGUCGUUCCGUUUCCUUAGAUCUGCUAAUGAAAUGCCUCUGCCUUGUCGUUCCAGCGGGGCGAUAUCAGGACUGUUAGGACUAAAUGUCAAGAGUGUUUGCCACGGUUCCCUGUGAUUAGAAACGACCUGACCCUCCUGCUCGUCCUGCCGGGGGGAACCCCGCGUAGCCGUUUGGAGUAUCUAGCGGACUGUAACAUUUCUAACUCUCGUUUGGUUUAUUUGGGUUAAAUACGUUUACUUUUUGGUUUGUAUGAUGUCGUCACGUGAAUGUUUUGGAGGGGAAUGUCUUGCGCAUGUAAAGGUUAUACCACCCUGGCUCCUCCCGAACGGAUCUCGGCGAGCUGCACCCGUCAGACGCGUUAGUGAGUCGCGGAGAGGCGGUUCCGUUUGCCAGACAUUCCUAGAGAUUUUUAUUUUUGGAGACCCGUUCCUGCGCUGUGACGCCGUUACACGAGGACCUGAUGAAUUGGGGGAACUAAAGGCGCUUCGUCGUAACGCUCUGUAGUAUAACGCUCUUACGUUUCUCAAAUAAACUUAGAUUUUGUAUUGAACCAA